AUGUCGGACUCUGAGGAGGAGAGCCAGGACCGGCAACUGAAAAUCGUCGUGCUGGGGGACGGCACCUCCAGGAAGACCUUCUUAGCUACAUGUUUUGCUCAAGAAACUUUUGGGAAACAGUACAAACAAACUAUAGGGCUGGAUUUCUUUUUGAGAAGGAUGACGUUGCCAGGAAACCUGAAUGUUGCUCUUCAAGUUUGGGAUAUAGGAGGACAGACAAUAGGAGGCAAGACGUUGGAUAAAUAUAUCUAUGGAGCACAGGGAAUCCUCUUGGUAUAUGAUAUUACAAAUUAUCAAAGCUUUGAGAAUUUAGAAGACUGGUAUUCUGUGGUGAAGAAAGUGAGCGAGGAGUCAGAAACUCAGCCAUUGGUUGCCUUGGUGGGCAAUAAAAUUGAUUUGGAGCACAUGCGAACAGUAAAACCUGAAAAACACUUAAGGUUUUGCCAGGAAAAUGGUUUUAGUAGCCACUUUGUCUCAGCAAAGACAGGAGACUCUGUCUUCCUGUGUUUUCAGAAAGUUGCUGCUGAAAUCCUUGGAAUCAAAUUAAACAAAGCAGAAAUAGAACAGUCACAGCAUAUUGUCAGGGCAGAAAUAGUGAAGUACCCGGAAGAAGAUAAUCGACAUACCAACUCUGCUCAGAGUAGAGUCUGUUCAGUACAGUAGUGCAGAGAGUGGUGAAGGCAGAUAUUGUAAACUACAACCAGGAACCUCUGUCAAGAACUGUUAACCCUCCUAGGAGCUCUAUGUGUGCAGUUCGGUGAGCGAACUUUACCUUUGUACCAGUGGUCCUGGCGGCCCUUCAGCCCGUGUGGCCUGGGCCUCUAGGAGCUCUGUUAUCAGUGGCCAUCUCUAUAGUGUUCAGUUAGCACUUUCCUCCCAGCUCCCUCGGCUCCUCGGCCUGGACAGGAUUCAACUUCGGGACGACACACUUGGAAUCCAUUAGACUGCUUCACUGAAAAAGAAUAAUGUUGGUUCUCUUUACGUUCUCCUUUUUUCUCCGAUGUAAACUUUUUUAGACAGAUAUGAAAACUAUACAGGUCUUGAUCAGCAGCCAGGAUUUUGGCCCAGCACAGUUUCAUUCUCUUAUCUGAACUCCUACCUGGCAAAGUGCACUUCUGAGUGCAAACAUUUAAACAAGUAAUAUAUUUUCUCUACAGAUACUUCAGAAGGCAUUCUUUUGCUGUCUAUUGUGAGUGAAAAUAUAUAAAGUUGUAUUCAACUGAAAAUGCUUGAAAUAAAGCUGUAUCUAUUUUUUUCAUUUUUUUAAAAAGGGCCUAAAUUGUUUAUAUUGUUGCUGUAGCUCACAAAGUAGUGAGUAUUUGCUAUUGUAUUUUUAUUACUGUGUCAUGGUCAUUAUGUAUUGUGUAAUACUCAGGUUAGAUGGCUUUUUGAAGUUUGAUAAGUGUUCAGCUGACGUUUCCUCCAAACUGCAUAAGAGCACUCCCAGAACGAGUUACGGCUGUUGUUGGAUCAUUGUGGAUCACACUGUACCUGAUGUUCAGAUGUUCUUCUUCUGCAAAUAAACUUAUUUCAGUUAAAAAAAAAAAAAGAAAGAAAGAAA